CACAUUUGCAUUGCGCCUGUCUUUUAUUGUUGCUAUUCUGUUUGUUUUGAUUUUAAGGUCAUAGUUUCCCAUUUUUUUGCAGUUGGAAUUUGAUUUCCUAUCGUUUUUGGUUUAUAUUUAUUUAAAUUUUAAAAGACCUUCAUCGUCUGUGGCCCGUGAUCUUUUGAUCGUUGAUAUCACAGGGCUUGGUAGAAAGUUUUGGCGAGAAACGGUUACAUUGAGUUGACAAGCGGAAUUCGCUUGUUGGAAACUAUACGUGCCCGAAUACUGGCUUUCUAGCCUUCUUGAUUGAAUUUGUUGUUUGUAAUUGGUUUAGGAAGUUUUUGUCAGAAGAUCCUUUAGAAGUUCUAUCUGAAUCAAAUUUUGGUGCACGGGAUUGAUAAUCCGAUGCCUUCCGUAUGUUCGAUCCGCUGCCGUUAGUCAACAAAGGCGAUACGUACUGGCAGAUUCACAAUCCUGAAUCUCGCUUGGAGAUAGUGAGUCGGAGUCUGCAUUUUAGCAGAUUGUGCUGAUCUCAAGCUAAUGGUGCGAGUUUUGGUGUAAAAGAUGACUGCGGCGGCGGAAGCUGAGACUGCUCCUGGAGGUGCGUCUUCCCUGGAACAGUCGGGAGACGAUAUCGUCAAAGACGCCAUUGAGAUCAUUCCAGAUCGUUUCUAUUUCGGACGCCUUGCUUCUUCUCCGCAUCCGCACAAUAAUUAUUCCUUCUUUAACACGGAUUUUGAAUUUGUGUAUGAUAGUUUUUUUGAUGAUUUCGGGCCGUUGAAUAUUGCUAAAGUGUAUCGGUACUGCGAGAAAGUAUGGAAACGGCUGCAUCCAAACAGCAACGUCAGCGCUGGCGCUGCUGGUGACAAUCACGGCACACAGAAGCUGUUCCACUACUCGAGCACAACGGACGAAAGGAAAUUUAUCAAUGCGGCCUGGUUGGUUGGAGCCUUCUGUAUCCUCAAAUUGCACAAAUCUCCCGACGAAGUGAUGAAUUUGUUAGACAAGUUCGCCUCGCAAAAGAAUCUGAUUACUUUUCGCGAUGCUUCAUGCGGACCACCGACCUAUCAUUUGAAUCUUAGGGACUGCUUGAUUGCCCUGCAUCGGGCACUGGAUUUGAAGUUCUUCGAUUAUGAUGGGUUCGAUUUGAAUGAGUACGAACAUUACGAACGUGUGGAAAAUGGCGAUUUUAACUGGAUCACGCCUAAAUUUUUGGCCUUUUGCGGGCCCCAUCAGAAAACUCGAACCGAAGGAUAUCCUGUUCACGCACCGGAAGAGUAUUUUACAUAUUUCAAAAAUCAUGGAAUUAGCACUAUCGUGCGUUUAAACAGUCCUCAGUACAGUUCAGAGCGGUUCACGGCAGCUGGAUUUGAACACCGAGAUCUAAUUUUCCCCGAUGGCACUAGUCCCGGUGAGGACAUACUGCAAGAGUUUUUGAGGAUUGCAGAAGGAGCAAAAGGCGCAGUUGCGGUACACUGUAAGGCUGGGUUGGGGCGAACUGGAACUCUCAUUGCUGCGUAUUUAAUGAAACAUAAUCGGUUUUCCGCAAGCGAAGCCAUUGCUUGGGUGCGGAUCGUGAGACCGGGCUCUGUGAUAGGCCAGCAGCAGCACUAUUUGGAAUCCGUCAAGGAUAUGCUGUGGGCAGAGGGCCGCAACGGUCAUGUGGUGAAUACGGCCUUGUCGCCUUUGAAUGGGCCUCCUUCGGAAGAUGGCAAGAGACAGGAAGUUGUGGAAAUCACCUCCACUACCUCCUCAUCGACCGAGUACAAAGACGAAACAGGCACAACUACCGUGCACGAAGUGGUGGUGGUUGAAAAGAAAGUGACGUCGGUUGAUGUGGAGACCGAUUCGCGUAGCACUUCUCCGGUGACAACGGACGACGAGGCAGACGUGGCCACGCAGGGUGAUGCGCUGAAUUUGCGGAAAGCUAUGCGAGACAAGGAGAAGCAAGGUCCAAUGCAGACACGGUCUAAACGGCGGGGUUUAGCUGAUGAUCUAACUGGUCAGACGAAGCCGGUGAAGAGAAAACGGAGGAAAGCCAAGAAAAUGAAAACCCAGUAAAGUUCUCCGGUUGUACGCACGUGCAAAAGCAUCCAGUCAGCUGUUUUGGACGGCUUCCAGAAAUAUGGAACAUGAUGACGUCACAAUGUAAUGGUUCAUUACCACUUUUGCUGUUGCCUAAAUAUUAUUCCGAAUGUAAUCGGCU